ACAGGCCUCAGAGCAGUCAGUGGCAGCCCGGCCGUUGGUGGGCUACAGCUGGCCAUGCCUCCAGCCUCUGCAUGGGAAACACCAUCAGGGCCCUCGUGGCCUUCAUUCCAGCAGAGCGCUGCCAGAACUACGUGGUCGGAGACCUCCGGGAGAUGCCGCUGGACAAGAUGGUGGAUCUGAGUGGGACCCAGCUACGCCGCUUCCCCAUGCACGUGUGCUCCUUCCGAGAGCUGGUCAAGCUCUACCUAAGCGACAACCACCUCAGCAGCCUGCCUCUGGAGCUGGGGCAGCUACAGAAUCUGCAGAUCCUGGCCCUGGAUUUCAACAACUUCAAGGCUCUGCCCCAGGUGGUGUGUACUUUGAAACAGCUCUGCAUCCUCUACCUGGGCAACAACAAACUCUGCGACCUCCCCAAUGAACUGAGCCUGCUCCAGAACCUUCGGACCCUGUGGGUCGAGGCCAACCGCCUCACCCAGCUGCCAGAUGUGGUCUGCGAGCUCCAUCUCCUUAAGACUCUGCAUGCCGGCUCUAAUGCCCUGCGUCUGCUACCAGGUCAGCUCCGGCGCCUUCGGGAGCUGAGGACCAUCUGGCUCUCAGGCAACCUGCUGACUGAGUUUCCCCCUGUGCUGCUUCACAUGCCUUUCUUGGAGGUGAUCGACGUAGACCGAAAUGGCAUCCGCUACUUCCCCAGCUUGGCCCACUUGCCGAGUCUGAAGCUGGUUAUCUAUGACCACAAUCCUUGCAGGAAUGCACCCAAGGUGGCCAAAGGUGUGCGGCGCGUGGGAAGAUGGGCAGAGGAGACCCCAGAGCCUGAUCUCAGAAAAGCCAGGCGCUACGCUCUGGCCGAGGCAAGCCGGGAGGCUCAGGCACUUGCCCUGGCUCCUGCACUUCCUUCUACCACCUCCUGAGCUUCAGUGGUAGGUCAAUGCCAAGAACCCAACUCCAGCAUCUCCUUGGAGACCACUCCAGCAGAGUGCAAAAGC